CCUGGCCCCGCCCCUCAGUGCGUCCAUGAAGCUGUUACAAACAUGGCGGAUUUCCUGCCGUCCCGCUCCGUUUUAUCCGUUUGUUUCCCGAUCUGUCUCCUCACGAGCGGCGAGGCGGAGCAGCUGAGGAAGUCCAAGGAGAUCGAUGAGGGUAUUAAACGGGACAAGACGUACGCGAAGAGGCUCGUGAAGAUCCUACUGCUCGGGGCGGGGGAGAGCGGAAAGUCGACUUUCCUCAAGCAGAUGCGGAUUAUUCACGGAGAGGACUUCGACCACAAGGCCAGAGAGGAGUUCAGAGCCACGAUCUUUAGUAACGUAUUAAAGGUGGGCAUCCGGGUGCUGGUGGACGCUCGGGAGAAGCUGCACAUCCCAUGGGGAAACCCGUCCAACCAGCGGCACGGCGACACCAUGAUGGCGUUCGACACGCGCUCGGCCAUGGCUCAGGGCCACGGCAUGGUGGAGGCCAAGGUGUUCCAGCACUACCUGCCCUCCAUCCGGGCCCUGUGGGCCGACCAGGGCAUCCAGAACGCCUACGACCGCCGCCGGGAGUUCCAGCUGGGGGAGUCAGUCAAGUAUUUCCUGGACAAUUUGGAGCGGCUCGGACAGUCGGACUACCUUCCCAGCCAGCAGGACAUCCUCCUGGCCAGGAAGCCCACCAAAGGCAUCCAUGAGUAUGACUUCGAGAUCAAGAACGUGCCCUUCAAGAUGGUGGACGUGGGCGGCCAGCGCUCUGAGCGGCGGCGCUGGUUCGAGUGCUUCGACUCCGUCACUUCCAUCCUCUUCCUCGUCUCGUCCUCAGAGUACGACCAGGUGCUGAUGGAGGACCGGCAGACCAACCGGCUCAGCGAGUCCCUCAACAUCUUCGAGACCAUCGUCAACAACCGCGUGUUCAACAACGUGUCCAUCAUCCUCUUCCUGAACAAGGAGGACCUGCUGAAGGAGAAGGUGAAGCAGGUGUCCAUCAGAGACUACUUCCCAGAGUUCUCGGGCGAGCCCUCCAGCCUGGCCGACGUGCAGCGCUUCCUGGUCGAGUGCUUCCGCAAGAAGCGGCGCGAGCAGCAGCAGAAGCCGCUGUACCACCACUUCACCACCGCCAUCAACACCGAGAACAUCCGGCUGGUGUUCCGCGACGUCAAGGACACCAUCCUGCACGACAACCUCAAGCAGCUGAUGCUCCAGUAAGACCCGAGGGGGGGGGCGGCGGCGGCGGCCGGAGAGUGCCUUCCUUUUUCCUACCGCCAGACCCCCCCACCCCCCCCACCGAACUCUUGACUGACUGUUUAUUGAAGCCACCACCACUACCGCCCCCCCUCCCCCCCACGCUUGCUCGCCGCCUUACUGAGCUUGUUCACUGUGACUUAUAACGGCUGCAGGUUGGCGGAGAGCCGCCCCACCCCCCGCCCCCCACCCCCCGACUCCGAGAACCACUGUACAUGACCUCUGCCCCCCCAACACCUUUUAUCAUGCUUACUUCCUGCGUGUUGCUCCGAGCACACACACACACACACACACACACACCCCGUGCUCGGGGGGGCAGCAGCUCGUCUCUGUCGUCCUUCAGCUGAAAUAUUCCCUCUUUUGUUCUGGACCUGGCGCCUGGUGAUGACCUGAGCAGCCGGGUUUCCUCUGAGAACAGAGGGACGGAAACACACACACACACACACACACACACACACACACACACACAUAGGAAUUCCUCGUCUGAAAUCCACUUAAUUGUAGUUUUCUAAUCGUCUUGAUCCUCUCUCUAAUAUAUGACCACGCCUAUGCAUUUCCUUGUAACUUAUGUCUGAUGGGGUCAGUCUGUGUGACUGUCCCACUUAUUUAAUGAUGUCUUUUUUUUUGGGGGGGGGUGGGGGUACGAACACAGCCACGUAGAGACCACGCUGACGCCGCCGCGCUAGCGCCGGGUUCCACGCCGUGGCCCGCUGCUCUGAUGUGUGGCGCCGCCGCCUGCUCCCCCACCGGUCGCCUGGUUUGAACCUGUGUGUCUGAAGUCUGGCCAUCUUCAACCUGGACCGCACCCGAGCCGCGAGGGAACACCUGGACCCAGUGAACUUUGACCUCACGCCUUUAGCUGCACACCUGAUUGUAAUGAAACCCUUUUGUUGCCUUAAGUUUCAUCACAUCUGCAAAAAAAAAAAAGAAAAAAAAAAGCCACAGCUUUUUGUCAGUGAUGAUGCUAAACUUCGGCGC